UCCGUCUUUGCGUGCUCGAUGAGCAUGAGACAGCAUCACCCUUCUUUUCGUUUGCCGCAUGACAUGAAGGUCUUCGGCGAAAACAAAGAGGAGCUUGGGAUCAAAUCCAAAGGAUGUAGUGGCGGAUCGUGAGAUCUCGAAGUAGGAAUUGGUUGAAACAUAUAAAACUUGAAGCUAAAUUGCUCUAAAUAAAGUGAAAACAUGGGAUUUGGGUAUCUGCUCUAUAUCGCUCAUAUCCCCUUUCCCUUUUGCUCUUAAACAUGUUACGACUCUCUUAUGCGUAUCUGCUGUGUUCGGGUCGCUCCCGAUCAUUACGUGUUGCAUCAAUGCGAACCGUCCUCCCCGGGCUUCACCUCCGCCCGAAACCCUCCUCCUCGCAUCUACAUAACUCCGCGAUCCCUUGCUCGCCCAAAUCACUUUCCGGAAACCCUAACCUCACCCGCUUCGUUCGGUUGUGGUCUUUAAAUUCUCGUCGCUGCGUCGCCGCCAUGGCCGACUCCUCGGAGGAUUUCGUCAAGGGGAGCGUCUUCCCUAAUGGCGUCGCCGUCAUCACCCUCAAUCGCCCCAAAGCCCUCAACGCCAUGAAUCUCGAGAUGGACUUCAAAUACCAUACUUUACUCGAUGAAUGGGGAAUUAACCCCAGCAUCAAAUGUGUUUUGGUGGAGAGCAGCUCACCUCGGGCCUUUUCAGCAGGUGGUGAUGUGAAGCAGAUUACGACCAAGUACAAAAUGUCAGAAAUAAUUGAGGUCUUUAUUGCAGAAUAUACUCUGAUUUGUAAAAUUUCUGAGUAUAGAAAGCCUUAUAUAUGCUUCAUGGAUGGUGUGACCAUGGGGUUUGGAAUUGGGUUGUCUGGUCAUGGGCGGUAUCGAAUUAUCACAGAGAGGACUCUUCUUGCCAUGCCAGAAAAUGGAAUUGGCUUGUUUCCAGAUGUUGGCUUUGCUUAUAUUGCAGCAAAUGGUCCAGGAAGAGGGGCGGUUGGUGCUUAUCUUGGAAUGACUGGGAAAAGAAUUUCAUCACCUGCUGAUGCAUUAUAUAUGGGCCUUGGAACACAUUAUGUGCCAUCUGGAAGUUUGGCCAUGUUGAAGGAAGCUCUUUUAAAUGUUAACUUCUCUGAUGACCCUGACAAAGAUAUCCAGGCACUGUUGGCUGGUCAUAAAAAGGAACCAGAAUCAGAGGCUCAACUGAAAAUGCUUUUGCCGCAGAUUAUUUCUUGUUUUGCAAAUAAAUCCAUCUCUGAGACAAUAGAAGAGUUGAAAAGGCACCAAGCUAGUUCUGACUCUGUGGUGGCAAGCUGGGCUAGCGAUGCGCUUUCAGGCCUUGGUACAGGUGCUCCCUUUUCUCUUUGUGUAACUCAGAAGCACUUCUCCCAAGUGGCACUUGCACAUGGAAGUGUGGAUAACCAUUUAGCAAAACUAAGUGGCGUAAUGAAGACUGAAUUUCGAAUUGCUUUGAGAUCUUCAAUCCGGAAUGAUUUUGCUGAAGGUGUACGGGCAGUCUUGGUGGACAGAGACCAGAAUCCAAAGUGGAGACCGUCCAACUUGGCGGACGUCGACAUAGCUGAAGUGGAAUCGGUUUUUGAUCCCUUGCCUCAUGAAAAUGAACUAAAUGUAUGAUAAUUUGCAGAAUUGGGAGCAUAAAGAAACCAAGGGCAACUUUCUUCUUUAAACUUCCUUAUUAGCAAAUUAGUGGAAAAGGAAGGAAACGAACGAUGAGCAUAAUUCAAAUGUAAUCCUUAAUGCUGUUUGUUAUCUUAUAUCGGAGAUCACCGUUAUCCUCCGGGUAGAUUA